AAACUUACUUUGCUUAGUAACAUGUUUGUUUAUUUCAUAUUUGAUCAUUGAAAAUUGAAAAAAAAACACAUAUUUUACAUGAAAUUUAUAGAGAAAAAAUAGUCAAUUAUAAUUAUUUGUAUUAAUUAAAAAAAACAGCAACAUGACAGACAGCAAUAACUCCAACGUGCUUUACGAUAUCAUACGGAAGGAACUGAAUUCAAUUAUUAAUGAAAAUAGUGCUCCACAAACAAAUAAUGAUUCUAACAAGUUUAAAAAACUGGAUGCAACAGAAGUCUCGCAUUCACAGCAGCAGCAUAAUUCCGAAACCACCACUAUUAUACCCACUUCCGCGGAACAUUUGUCAACAAUGCUCUCAAGCAAAAUCUUGCAACUACCUUCUGAUGAAACGCAAAGUGCAACGAUUGACACCGACCUGCAAAAGAUGCGUUAUGAUUUACAACAAAGCUACGAGCUGUUCCAGACAAUGGGUGAACGAUUCCAAGCUAUCAAUUUUAGUUCACUUAAAAAUCGCAUUAAGGAUAUGAAUCUUAGUAAACAGGACCGCACAGCAAAGUUAAAGGAUGAAAUGAGGGAUGUACUAGAAAAACAUUACAAUAACAAUACACUGAAUAGUUUGACAGCUGAAAUGGGUGCAAAGUUUCAAAGUCAUCCUGGCGAAUUUGGAAAUAUACCGGAGUUGAGUGAAUUUUUCCAAACUUGUUCGCAGUUACAACAUGGUCUGGAGCAAUUGAAACGCCAACGCCAUUCCGUUAGCGAAAUGACGAAACGUCUUUCUAAUGCUACAGAAGCUUCAUACGAACGUGUAGAUCAUAUUCAUAAGAUAAUGCGUUCUAGACAGCCAGUACAGAGUCAGAACCUCACAGAAAAUCAAAAAGGCCACUAAUUCAAUUUAUUGUUUCCUUCCAAAUGUCUUGGUAUAUGUAUAGUUUUUCAAAAUUUUUAAUUGAAUAUAUAAAGGACUUAACCCUUAUUGGCUCUUUGAGGUAUUUAUAUGUAUGUAUGUAAAUACUUUGGAAGGAUAUUUUUGUUUGCCCCAUGCAUUGUUUUACUUAUACGACAAACAAAAUGCAUCUUGUGUUAUAUUAAAGAGUAUGUAUGUAUAUAUAUCGUCCAUAAAUAUGUAUGUUUCCGAAAACAAACAAGAAUAUGACAAUGCUGACUCAUCUUCUUAGCAAUUAAAAAAUUUAUCUAUAAAACCGAUUACAUUGCAGAUAGCAGUAUACGCCAAGAAAAAUUAUUUCCUCAAUGUUUACCUAUGUUUGUGUACCAGCUUCCAGAGUGGGUGGCUUUUCUGACUGUAGACAUAUUUACCAGUACACUUUUUUAUUAUUCUUUAACUAUAUAUUUACAAUUAGAACUUUACUUAUUUUUUCAAAUAAUAGUUGACAAAUGAUAUAGUACUUUUGAAGAAUUUCUCGGUAUGAGCUGCACAGUCAAAUGUGAAAACCUAAUAACAAUUUAUUUUCAUUGUCUUUUGACAAAAGGGACGACCGAUUGCAUUGGAUUAAUGACAAUUCACAGAAUAGUUAUCAUUCACAAUUUUUUCAAAAAUUAUAAAUUAAUUUUAAAAACUUAUUAACAAAACUUAGAACAAAAUAUUCCAAUUAAUACUAAAUAAAAUAAAAAAUAUGAUUAAAUGAUUUGAAAUAAUUUAAUUAGCUCAUUUCCAUCUUAUCUUGGGUGGAAUAAUUCAGAUUUGAAUUUCAUAAUUUAUUUUGAAAUUAGAUUUAAAAUCGUAUUUUUAGCACGUAUUCGUUAGAAUUAAUGAAAUAAAUCAGAUGUUGUAAUUAAAACAGAAGGUUAAAGAAACUUUGGUAUCCAAAGUUCGGAUGAACAAACUACUAAAUACAACUCUGAUUAAAUAAAAUGCCGCAUGGCAGCGUGUACUAAAACAAUUGGUAGUUUGUCAGAAUUCGCUGGAGUUCGCUAGUUGGUGAUUUUCACAGGUCGUGGUGUGCACUGCAUUUUUUCUGUAAAUUCUCUUGGUGAUAAAUUGAAUUCCUUGUGAUAUACUGGUAAAGAAAAG